AUGAAUACUUUCGUGAACAAAGAUUCGCGAUGCAGCAACACAGACUUGUCCCUGAAAACAUGUCAUCAUUUCAGCAACUCGGAGUGUAUUGCUCAAGUCGCCGAGGGAGACGCGGCGGAUGUGGAUCUGGCCGUGAGAGCCGCGCGCGAAGCAUUUGACCACGGGCCCUGGCCACGCCUUGCUGCUGCUGAAAGAGGAAGGAUACUUUACAAGUUCGCGGAUGUGAUCGAGGAACAUCUCGACGAACUGGCAACUCUUGAGACCCUCAACAACGGAAUGUUGAUCGAUCUGAGCAUGGUGAUAAUUGCGGCUUCGGCUGCCUCUCUGCGAUACAAUGCAGGCUGGGCUGACAAGCUCAAUGGAAAGACCUUGCGAACUGAUUCUACUCGGAUGUGCUACACCCUUUUGGAGCCAAUUGGUGUGGUUGGAGCGAUUGUUCCGUGGAACUUCCCGGCUCAUAUGUUUCUCAACAAAGUCGGGUCUGCGUUAACUUGUGGAAAUACGAUCGUUGUCAAGGUUGCCGAGCAGACACCUUUGCUCCUGGCCAGUCUUUCUCAAGAGGCAGGGAUUCCCGCGGGAGUCCUCAAUGUUAUUCCUGGUUAUGGUACCACUGCAGGAGCCGCGAUUUCGAAGCAUAUGAGCGUAGGAAAUCUUGCAAUUGAAAAGAAAAGCUUCUUUUUUUCCUGA